AUGCAUAUACACCUCGAUGCCUUCACCACCAAGCCCACCGACAGCCCCAGCAGCGACGGCAAACUCACGCGCAUCAUGAUCCGGUCCCACUUCGACAGCUGGCCCGCCGCCUCGACGUCGCGCAGGAACCGCGACCAGUCCUCUCCGUCACAUCGUGCGUCGCAAACGGGUGUUCCGCGCCGCUCGCGCAUGGCGGUGGACGUCGGCUCGAACGGUGUGUAUGGCACGCCACCGCUCGCGGGCGCUCGAAGGCGGAGGGGGCGUGCUCAGGAGCUCUGCGAGCCCGUCGCUGCUCGUGGGAGCUUGAACCCGCGUGAGGAUGGGGAGAGCGAGGCGAGGGCGGGGGAGGAGGAGGACCGCGCUAGGGCAUCCUCUCGCGCGAAUGGGAUGGGACGGAGAGGUACGGGUUGGUUGACGGGGAGCGCGAGCGGGCCCGGGGUGCAGAGGAUGGCCCUGAUGUUGAGGGACCUCCGCCUGCGCUCAGGAAUGCUGGGGGCCGUGUGGAUGGCCCUCCCAGACGACGUCGACUUGCUGAUGUGUGUAUGGCGGAGGCAGGUCAGGAUCCGCUAG